UGGGCGCCCCUCCAACGAGUCAGUCCCCGCGAGGAGCUUUGAGUGAGCGGGUGCGCGUAGCAGUGUGUCGUGGAAAAGUGCCUGGAAUACCCCUGAUCCACCUUGGUGCUAGCCGUGAAGUGAGGGCAAGGAGCACACAGGAAUUAUAACCAUGAGUAAACGGUGUGCGCGGUGCGAGAAGGCUGUGUACCCCCUGGAGGAGCUGAAAUGUCUGGACAAGAUCUGGCACAAGGGCUGCUUCAAGUGCCAGGAGUGUGCCAUGACGCUCAGCAUGAAGACCUACAAGGGAUUCAACAAGCUCCCAUACUGCGAAGCACACAUCCCGAAGGCCAAGGCAACGACGGUGGCUGAGACGCCGGAGAUGAGGCGGCUGGCGGAGAACACGAAGAUCCAGUCCAACGUGCAGUACCACGCCGACUUUGAGAAGAACAAGGCCAAGUUCACCCAGGUGGCAGACGACCCUGAGACACAGCGGCUGAAGAAGAACACCCAGAUCAUCAGCAAUGUGGUUUACCACGGUGAGAUGGCAAAGAAGUCCGAGAUGGAGCGCAAACGUGCUGAACCCAAUGAUGAGAAUGAAGAGUGGUCCUCCUCCUGGCAUGACUCUGUUGGAGAGGACGUCUCUGCAUCUGUCCACCAAUCCAAAGCUUCUCACUUCCAGCAUGACAACAAUGACGAUGACAAGGGUUAUGAUGACAAGGCCUAUGAUGACAGGGCCUACGAGUACGGCCAGGAUGUAUCCGAACCCUCCCCCCACCGCCACCCCUCUCCCUCUCCCCACCGCCACCCCUCUCCCUCUCCCCACCGCCACCCCUCCCCACACCGCCACCCCUCUCCCUCUCCCCACCGCCACCAGUCCUACCCCCGCCAAUACUCCCCCGCCCCCCAAGACUACCCUCCCCAACACUCUCGGGGGCGUAGCAUUUCCCCGGAUUACAGCGACCAUUACGCCGACCCCCAAGGCUACCCCUCCUCCUCCCCCUCCCAGGCCUACACAGGCAGGGAUCCUUACUACCCCCCCGACUAUGCUGAGGAUGACGGAUACUAUCCUGGCGGUGACUCACCAGGCGGAUACAUUGAUCCUAAUGACCCUUACUCUGCACAGCCCCCUAUGGGGCCAGGCGGGUCUCCUCCUCACAGCACUAACAGACAUUACCCAACUAACAACUACUAUGCAAUGCACCAGCAGCCCACUCGCCGCGUGGGGAGCAUAGAGGACUAUGACCCCGUGAAUGAGCAGUACGGAUCCAUCAGCCAGCAGAACGCCAACCCAGCAGGCGGCGGCUACAGGCAAGAGACCACAUACCAGGUCCAGCGCAGCAACAUGUAUGACCAGAACAUGGGCGGCCAGCAGGCUCCCCCGCCCCAGAUGAACUCCAACCCUGCACACCACAAGGUCAACGCCCCGCCCACACAGCUUGGGCGCUGCUACCGGGCCAUGUACGACUACGAGGCAGCUGACACUGACGAGGUGAGCUUCAAGGACGGGGACCUGAUCAUCAACUGCACCGCCAUCGACGAGGGCUGGAUGACAGGCACCAUCCAGCGGACCGGCGUCACUGGGAUGCUGCCGGCCAACUAUGUGGAGCGCGUCAGCUGAAUCUUUACGGCGCGGCGCAUGACAUGAUGGGCUGGAGGGCCUUCUUGUGCAAAGAGUGAGGCAGCGAUUCCUCCCGUGUGACCAAAAGAAUUAUAAAUCAUUCCUUUUCUAUCUGUUUGCCAAAAUAUUCUUUCCAUUCCUUCUAUUUAAUAAGUUACAUGAUAAUCCUCUACUAUAGACUAUUUAUUAUAAACCUGAAAAUAGCCAGGGUAAUACAUAAGCAAAAUUGCUUGAAAAUUUAUAUACAAAAGUCAAUUACUUAUGGCAUCAUAAUGUAAAUUAAUUAAUCAUGCAACACAAUCCAUAUUAUUAAGAAUAUUUUCCUCUACUCUUUUCAAGUUAAACUUUAAUAAAACACACAAUCCAUAUUAUUAAGAAUAUUUUCCUGUACUCUCCUUAAGUUAAACUUUAAUAAACACCCGUCAAUUUUAAGUACCAAAUUCCGUGGAUAUCACUCCUACAUAGUUGUGUCUUAAUAAUGUUGAUGUACUCAGACAACCCUAACUGCCUUACGCUGCCUUUGUAAAGUUUGUAUUGAUACCUAGCACUGAUUUCAUGUUUUCCAUUCACACAAUGUCCUUCAUCUCUCCUCCCUGUGUUCAUGUUUGUGUCCUUGUACCACUUACAAAUUCACUAUUUUCUCAAUUAAACAUUGCCUUAAUCCACUGUUCAUUUUGCAUGUUCCAUUGGGAAGAUAGCUUUUAUUUUUGAAGUUCACUUUACUCACACUAUAGCUUAUAAAGUCUGUAAGUAGAGUCAGCCAAAGCUGGCUUGGAGCCAGGACAGCUCAACGUGUGGAACCAAGAGUUCAUUGUAAAAUAGAUAUCGUGCAUAUAAGCUUGAAAGGAACCAGUUUCAGGCUGGGUCAACACUCAUUUCUUUCUUGGUGUGUGUUAGAACCACAGCACUUGUGGGAACAUUCUUUUCAUAAAUGGUUGAUUACAGGAUCCAUGAAAAAAAUCCAAAAUAUACAGUUAGGCUGUCAUGGCCGUGCUUAUUAGAACACCAUCACGAUGAUAAGAAGCUACAUCAAGGAGAGGAAAAAUAGUCUCAAGACGUAGUAAUUGAAGGAGUCUGCCACAAAAAGGCCAGACGGGUUGUCCUUCAAACUGUUGUCAGAAUCCCCAGUUUUUCUUAACACUCAAUGUGUACCUUGCAUCUUCAUCAAGUCUACCAUUACUAUUGUUGUUGUGAAACUUGUUUCAUGACGGGGUAAGUGGCUCUUGUCAAAUGAUGAACACAAUAAUUGUUACAGUUGUUGCUGGUAGUACUGUAAACUUUGAUUACCGACAAUAAUAUGGGAAGGAACAGCAUGAUAAGGAGGCAUUUAUCAUAAAAAAGGCAAGCAAAAUCUAGCAUAUAGGUUGCUAAUAUUUUUUUUCUUUUUAACUAAAUAUUAUCUGUGCCAAUGAAAAUUGAAUCAACAUCUUCAUUUAGUUUAAGAUCAGCCCGUUGUUACCCCCACACACUGUAAAUAAUAUUUACAUAACAUAUGAAUCACAUACCAUUUAUAUAUGUUUCAUGCAAAGCACAAGAAACUAAUAGAAAUAAUCAUUGACAUUUAUCCAACUUUUAAGCAGUCCAAGAACCAGUGAAGGAAAUAAUUGUGUGCUCGUGAAGUUCAAGUUUGCCAGCUUUGGGGAGGUCGACGAGUGAGCCAGUAAUCACACAAAGGUGGAGCUGCAGGGUUCUAUUCCUCAAUAUUACAAGUUUUCUUUCAUAAACAAAAAUAUAGGCAACUAUGACCCCUUUGACCUGUGGAGGAUCUGUGGCACUGCUGUGAGGCAGGACGCACAGCCUGGUUACCUCAGAACUGUGCCGCAGGGAGCGCACCUGGCUCACUCCUCAAGGUGUACAGAACUGCAGGACUCCUAGAAGACUUAUUUUUAUGUAAAUUAAAAAUAGGAAUGUAUAUGUAAAUACCUACUUAGUUGAUAAAUGAAAAUUAUUUUUAAUAGUUAUGUUUAAUGUUGAUUUAUGUAAUUUCUAGCAUACAAAAUUCAAUGUACAAAAUCCUUUGAUAUCCAAGUGCCCAUAAAAUCUGGGAAUGCUUCAUUGCUAUAUUAUGUAGUGUUAAUCUAGUGUAAAUAAAUAAACAAAUAUUGUUGAAUAAAAUUUGAUCUGAGAAAACUAUGUGGCUUGUAAAGAGAAAAACAAUCAAGGUAUUUUAGAGGACAUUCAAUAAAGAGUAAAAGCUGUGAAGAACAAGGUCAAAUUUGUUGCUGAUUUCCCUCAGUAAGUGUGUCUGUACAUGGCAAGAGUGGGUAAUGAAUGUCUCGUAGCACCGCUGUUACUGCUUGGAGAAACUGUUGUGUAGGAUAAUGCUCAGCCCUGUGCCUUUUACAUAUAAGCAAAUGUGUAGCAGUGCCUUAAUAAACAUUAAAAUCUUUUCACAAGA